GCCGUAGCGAUCUCAGCUGGAAGAAUCGCGGGCAGAUCGCGGGUUCGAGUCCCGCCUCGGUCAUGGUCGUAUUUGUGUUCGUUCUUUCUUUGCCUAUCAUCGCCAUAUCAUGUCAUCUUCAUGGUCAUCUCACCGUUAAAUGGAAUAGUGGUAGCUAAUGGCCUAGACGUUGAUGCGACCUUGAAGGGGUAACAAACGAAAACUCUAAGUCUUGGGAAGAGUAAACCCAUACCACAGAACAUCCCUAGCUCAUCCAAGCCCGUAUUGUACUCCGCAGAGAGUAUAAAAUAUUCUUCAUAUCAUCUGCUGUCAUACCAAGUGUGUAGAUGGAUUACCAAGAUAUGUUUUACACCGUGGUGAAUAACACGCUCUCUAUCGCUCUACUAGUAUACGGAUAGAAUAUUAUCGGCAAGGUAUUAUAUGGAUAUACUGUCUAAACUGAGAGUAUAUCGUAUAGAUAACAAUUUUCCUAAAGACACAUAAAAAAAAAGCAUCUCAGACGCAUUCACUAAUCAAACAUUUCAUUGACAAAAAGAACAUACAAAACAUUCAUUACGUUAGGUUGUGGGUUGGUUGGUGUUGGUAUGAUUUGAUGCAUGAAUGCACGGUUCAAGAGUGCGAAUCGCAAAUAGCGAACAUCACGGCAGCAAGCAGAUUAUAUUUUCUGUUAUCACAAAGAGUAUUCUUAUUGUCAUUAGAUCGAUACUGUUAAAAGUUUAGACAUUUCAUUACGAAAAUAGACUUGUACAGUACAUUCUACGAUGGAUGAUGUUCAUUCAAUUAAAAUCGAACCUUUAGGUGAAUCAAUUUAUGUGAAGCCUUUUCAUAUGACAUACAUUCAGAAUGGAGUUAAAAAGUUUUGGGACUUUAAUGUAGUACAUGACAGUGUCUCUGUUCUGCUCUUUAAUGUCUCAAGAAAAGUAUUUGUAUUUGUCCGGCAAUUCCGCCCAGCUGUGUUUUUUAACAGUAUUCCUGAAAAAGAAAAGUAUUUAGUAGAAGCCACGAACACAAAACUUCCUCUUCCACCUAUAGAGCAAGGUAUCACUCUUGAAUUGUGUGCUGGAGUUGUGGAUAAGGAGAAGUCUCUUGAAGAAAUUGCCAGAGAAGAGGUUCUAGAAGAAUGUGGGUAUGAUGUUCCUGUUAAGCAUUUGGAGAGAAUAUUAUCUUACAGAGAUUCCAUAGGAAUUGCAGGUGACAAACAAACAAUCUUCUAUGCAGAAAUUACAGAUGAUAUGAGAGUUUCAAAGGGUGGUGGCAAGCCUGAAGAAGGAGAAUUAAUAGAAGUGGUAGAAAUGAGCGAAACAGAAGUGAAAAAGUACCUUGAAAGCGGUGAUGUUCUUAGCCCCGGAGGCUUUGCCUUUGCAUUAUAUUGGUUCUUUGAGAAUAAAAAAAAUAUUUAUUCUUGCCAUUGUUCUUAAUUAGCAGUAUGAUUGACAGACACUUUGAGUACUAUUAAUUAAUCCAAUUUCCCCUCCAAUUAACUCUAGAGGUCGGCUGUGGUCAUUUUUACCACAAGCGUACAUUUUUUUUCCCCUUUGUUUUCCCCUCCCUCAUUUUAUUUAUUUCACAAAAUGUUUAAAUAUUUGUAGUUUUUUAAUGUGUUUAUUUUCAAAUAAAAUAUACUUAAUAUAUGUGACAUAAUACAAUAAUAAUAAGAAUAAUAACUUCGAAGUAACUCCAUCAAUAUGAAAAGAUCAACUGAAUGGUUGAGAACUGCUGGGCUUUUGCGCAAGACGGAAGGAUUUGUGCUGGCCCUUCAAAAUCAGGUAGUAACCAUUAACUACAGUUAAUAUAUCGUGAAAGAGAACAUCAGUGGCAAGUAUCACUUGUGUAAGAUGUGCCAUGUCUGUAAAACCAUACAUACGCCUGUGAGAAUACUCAGAAAACAAUUUGUACUGGAUUGUUUAAGACUUCAGUCUUUCAUGUCAAAUCAAGUGUUUUGCAAGUCAGUUCAUUGCUUGAUCAGAUAAUUCUUUUUAGUUAUUUUCAGAAGACAGACAGAACUUCCUUUAAAACUAUUUCUUCUUCCAGAUAGAAAUAUUCUCCAAUGAUUUCUUGCACAAAAAUUCCUCGCAUUUCAUUUCGAUCCCCACAAAAGAAUUUUUGGAUUUUCUUUGGCAGAAUCUCUGACCAUUCAGUGAAAAUAUGUUUGUAAUUUCCUUCCCUUAUAUUUGAUAACAGUGAAUUCAAUCAUUAGGCAAAUAGUUCCAUCCAGGUACCACCAUUUUAAAUAACUUAAAUAUUUUCUUGCAAAACAAAUUUUCCCAUGCCGUUGGGGUUAAUUUUGUGCCCAAGAACAUAGCUCCUGUCUAAAGGGCUAAUAACCAAUUUAAAAUAUGCUCAUUUGGACCGUUGAAUAUAAAAGUCAAGUGUGCAGUAUUUUAGCAAAACUGCAAUUUGGAGUUAAUUGAUAGGCUUCCAAGUGGCUCAGUUAUCGGUGAUAUAAAAUGGAAAAAUCAUAAAUCUGAUUUACAAAAAUAUUUAUCGUAUAAUUUUUAACGAGCUCAUGUGUACAUAUAGUAGUCAGUGGGAGCUCUUGACAAUGGACAAAAAAAAAAAAGCAACAACUUAUAAUUCCUAUGUUAGGAAUAUAAAUUUUCCAUUUAAUGAUAUUCAAAAUUAAAGAUACUGCAUCAAUAUCGAUGUACUAUUUAAAA